UGAUUGGACUGUGCUGGGUCUUCAUUGCUGCUCAAGGAGUUUUCUCUAGUGCCAGCGAGCAGGGGCUCCUCUCUAGCUGUGGUCUGCGGGCUUCUCACUGCAGUGGUUUGUCUUGUUGCUCAGCACGGGCUCCAAGCUUCUGCAGCUGCAGCUCGUGGCCUCUAGAGCACCAGCUCAGUUAGUUGCUGCUCUGAGGCACCUGGGAUCUUCCUGGACUAGAGAACCCGUGUCUCCCUCUCUGGCAGGUGGAUUCUUUACGACUGGGCCACUGGGAAAGGCCUUACAUUCUUUUUUUUUUUUUUUCAAGUCACAUCAGGACUCAGACACAAAAGGCAGAAACCCCAAACCAGCUGGUUUAUUUUUUCCUGAUCAAGAUGAAGGAGAGUUCCAACCAGGAAAUACCUACUCCAGCCUUCUUCCUGCAGUCUGGCGCCAAGGACAUUGCUUGGACAGGCUUGCCAGGUGGCUCAGUGGUAACCAACCUGCCUGCCGAGCAAGAGAUGCAGGCGUCCUGGGUUCGAUCCCUGGGUCGGGAAGAUCCCCGUGGAGGAGGGCACGGCCACCCAGAGCAGUAUUCUUGCCUGGGAAAUCCCAGGGAUGGAGGAGCCUGGUGGGCUGCAGUCUGUGGGGUUGCAGAGACUGGAGUAGGACUGAGUGAGCGCUCACGUUGUUUGCACGCUGGCCCCAUCUGAUCCAAGGACCUACCUCGGGGGCAUCCGGGGCCUCGUCAGACUGAACACGCCUCCAGCCUGCUGCGGGACUGGAACAUCGGAUUCGUCCCGAGUUUGUGUAAACAGGACCGGUAAACCACAACCUGGGUGAGGUCCGAGGAUUCUAGAACCUUCGGGGGAAACGCAGCUUUGCCGGCUGUUGUCGUUCACUCUCUGAGUCAGGUCCGACGCUUGGGACCUCGUGGACUGUAGCCCCGCCAGGCUCCUCCGUCCGUGGGAUUCUCCAGGCGAGAAGACUGCAGACGGUUGCCAUUUCCUCCUCCAGGGGAUCUUCCUGACCCAGGGAUCGAACCUGUGUCUCCUCAUUACCAGGAAAUACAAGGAAAGAGAGGCCAUGUUACGUCUGGAACACUCUUGGAGCUGGCUGGCUCUCGCAGUCGCUGCGCUUCUGGGUGCGAAACCCUCAGCCUGCGGCCCUCCACCUGGUCCCCGGCCAAACAUCCUCCUUCUGAUGGCAGACGAUCUCGGCAUUGGAGAUGUCGGUUGCUACGGCAACACCACCAUCAGGACUCCAAACAUCGACCGCCUUGCGGCGGAUGGCGUGAGGCUCACGCAGCAUCUGGCCGCUGCCCCUGUGUGCACCCCAAGUAGAGCGGCGUUUUUAACGGGCAGAUACCCACUUCGAUCAGGUAUGGUUUCCAGUCAAGGUCUCCGUGUUCUCCGGUGGACAGCGGUCUCUGGAGGACUUCCGCCCAGCGAAAUAACUUUUGCAAAAAUCCUGAAAGCUAAAGGCUAUAUCACCGGACUCAUAGGAAAGUGGCAUCUGGGUCUCAGCUGUGCAUCUCCCAACGACCACUGCCACCACCCGCUCAAUCACGGCUUCGACCAUUUCUACGGAAUGCCAUUCAGCAUGAUGGCAGACUGCGAGCGCUGGCAACUAUCCGAGAAGCGUGCGGUCCUGGAGCGUGGACUCGACGUCUGCUCCCAGCUCGUGGCCUUGGCCACUCUCACACUCACAGUUGGGAAACUCACCCACCUGACACGGGCCGCCUCCUGGACUCUGGUCAUCUGGUCGACCGUCGUGUGCCUCCUGCUCUUCGCCACUUCCUAUUUGGUGGGCGCCCUGAUCAUGCACGCAGACUGCUUUCUGAUGCGGAAUCACUCCAUUGCAGAGCAGCCCAUGCGCUCUCAGAGGACGACGCCACUCAUGCUCCAGGAGGUCUCAUCCUUCGUCAAAAGACACAAGCAAGGACCUUUCCUCCUCUUUGUGUCCUUUCUGCACGUCCACACCCCUCUUGUCACGACGGAGAACUUCCGCGGGAGGAGUCCCCACGGGCUUUACGGGGACAACACGGAAGAGAUGGACUGGAUGGUGGGCCAGAUCCUUGAGACUUUGGAUACAGAAGGGUUGACCAACAGUACCCUUGUUUACUUUACAUCGGAUCAUGGGGGAUCCUUAGAGGCUCAGUUUGGAAACAACCAGUAUGGUGGCUGGAAUGGGAUAUAUAAAGGCGGCAAAGGCAUGGGCGGCUGGGAAGGCGGGAUCCGGGUCCCGGGGAUAUUCCGGUGGCCCGGGGUCCUGCCGGCCGGCCGCGUGAUCCACGAGCCCACCAGCUUGAUGGACAUCUUCCCCACCGUGGUCCACCUCGCAGGAGGCCAGGUGCCUCAGGACAGGGUGGUGGACGGCCGGGACCUGCUGGCCCUGCUCCAGGGGACCGCGCGGCACUCGGACCACGAGUUCCUCAUGCACUACUGCGAGAGCUUUCUGCACGCCGCCCGCUGGCACCAGCGCGACCGAGGCGCAGUGUGGAAAGUCCACUUCACAACUCCCAUCUUCCAGCCAGACGGCGCGGGCGCCUGUUACGGGCAGAUGGUGUGCCCCUGCUCAGGGAACAGGGUGACCCACCACGCCCCACCGUUGCUGUUCGACCUGUCCCGAGACCCUUCCGAGGCCCACGCCCUCACGCCGGACACGGAGCCCUCCUUCCACCGGGUGGUGGAGACCGUGGCCCGGGCCGUGGCAGCCCAUCGCCGGACGCUCAUCCCAGUUCCACUGCAGCUGGACGCGGCAGACAACACGUGGAAGCCGUGGCUGCAGCCGUGCUGUGGUCGGUUUCCCUUCUGCUGGUGCGAUCGCGACGCGGACCCCCGGUAGGAGCCCGCCUGUGAUAACCGGCUCACUGGGGUCAAACAAAUAUAAAACAUAGGUGUGAAGUCAA